AUGGAGGAAGAAAAUAUUAAAAUAAAGGUAAAGAGUAUAGAUAACCAAGAAUGUGAAUUUUGUGUAAAAAAAAACACAACUGCAGAAGAAUUAAAGAAUAUGAUAUCAGAAAAAAAAAAUGUAGAUGUAAAUGAUAUAAGAUUAAUAUAUCAAGGUCAAUGCUUAUCGAAUACAAAAACAAUAGCUGAAUAUAAUAUCCAAAACGAUCAUAUAAUUCAUGUAGUAAUAAGAAAAAAAGAAAAUAUAAAUAAUAGUACAUAUGAAAAAAAUAAUAAAUUCAAAAAUAUAGAUCAUGAUAGUAAUAAUAAUAAUAAUAACUAUGCUAGUAGUACCACACCCAUUAAUGACCCUCUACAAUAUGGUUUUGCAUCCAGCAUAAAUUUUAAUACUACAGAUAGCAAUAGUAAUAAUAAUAGUAGCAAUAAUAAUAAUAGUAAUAGUAGCAAUAAUAAUAGUAGCAAUAAUAAUAGUAGACCAUUUGGUAACACAAAUAUACCUACAGCUAAUAUUGGAGGUGCAACACCUCUUUAUUUUACACACAUGAGAUUAACAAGAAAUGAUAAUUUAGAAAAUGAUCUAAUGAGUCAAACUAACAUGUGUUCAUUAUUAAAUGAUAUCAUGAGUCAAGUAAAUAUAAACCCGAACUUUAUUUAUGGCGCAGCAGCAUCAGCAGUUAAUUCUGUUGGAUCUGGAGAAAACUUUUUUACUGCCAAUCUUAGACCUAAUGAUGCGAAUAUCAAUAUUAACGAAUUUCGAGCUAGUAAAGAAAAAGACCAAAAUUGUGCAAAUGUUGGUAACAAACAAAAGGACAUGGAUAAAGAUGAGAUUGAAAAAGAGAAUGAAAAUGUAAGUAGCGAGAUAAAUUGUAAUGAUGUGAAAACGGGGGGCGAAAAAGGAGCCAGUAAUGAUAAUAAUGAUAAUAAUGAUGAUAAUGGCAGUGGCAAUAAUAAUGAUGCUAAUGGCAAUGGCAAUGGCAAUGGCAAUAAUAAACACUCGAGAGAAGGAAGAAAUAAAGGGAAAAGAAAUAAUAGUAGCAGCAGCAGUAGUAGUAGUGAGAAUAGCAGUUAUGAAUAUAAUAAAAAUAAGAAAGAAAGUGAUGAAGAAAAAAAAAAAAAAUUAAAAAAAAAAUUAAAAAAAAAAUAUAUGGAAAAAAUAAGAAAUAAAUAUAGUGAGAAUAUUAAUGAUAUAUAUAGUUCUUCUUACAGUAGCGAUUAUGAAUCAUCUUAUUCAGAAAUUUCUGAUAGAAAAGAAAGAGAACUAGAUGAUGAAAAGAAAAAAAGACACAAAAAUAAAAUUUUAGAAAAAUUGAGAAAAAAAAAAGAAAAAAAAAAAAAAAAAUAUUAUUAUUCUACUAAUUCAUCAUCAGAUUAUGAUAAAAAAAAUGAAAAGAAAAAAAAAAAACUAAGAAAUAAAGGCAAAUUUAUGUUUGACCCAAAUCUUUUAUAUAACCCAAAUUAUAUGCGUAACAUAUAUAGAGGUAUGUGCAAUCCUGUACAAUAUAAUACUCCCUAUAUAACAGAUAUUAACAAAGGAAAUUAUUUAAGACAAAAUACAAAAUUCAAUCACAUUUUUAACAAUAAUAAUAAUAAUAAUAGUAGUAGUGUUCUCCGAAAUGUUCCUUAUCCAUAUAUGAAUGAAAAUGAUAUUAAUAAGUCAAUGUUUUAUUAUGAUCAAAAAUAUGGAAAUAUAAGUGAAAAUGAAAAUUAUAUAAAUUUUAAAGAAGAUAUACCAUAUGAAUAUGAAAACAUGAAAAGAUUUGUAAAUAAAAAAAUUUAUAAAAGAGAAGAAUUAAAUAAUAAUGACAAAAAAAGAAUGAUAAAUAUGAAUAAAAACAUUUCAGAUGCAAAUAAUAAUAAUAAUAAUGAGGUUCUUUUUGGAAGUAACUUUUGUAAUAAGACAGAAAAUAGAAAUAUAAAUGAUGCACAAAAUUUUAUCAAAAAUUCAAACGAGGGUUUUACGGGAGGAAUGUUAAGCGGUAUAGCUGCACAAAAUAGUAACAACACAGCUACUACCACUAAUAAUAGUGGAAAUAAUGGAAAUAAUGGAAAUAAUGGCAACAAUAAUGGCAAUGGUGGCAACAAUAACAGAAGCAGUUAUGCAAAUAUAAUACCUUUUAGCGAUAUCGAAGUCGUUAGAAAUAAUUCAAUCGGAUCAAAUUCAAGAAGUGCAUUAAGCCAAGAGGAAGAAGAAUUAUCUGAAAAUAAUUUAAUAGAUGAACAGAUGAGAUCUAUUCAAAUGGCUAGUAAUAAUAGAAGACAUUUAAGAAGCACAUCAAAAUUGUUAAAUGAUGAAAAUGAUUUUGAAUAUAAAAAUAUCGAAUUAAAUAUUCCAUGGAGAAUAAUGGAUCAAUUAUUAGUUUUAUUAGAAGAAGAGACAGGAUAUAAAAGACCUAAUUUAUCAUCAUAUAUUAAUUCUUAUUACAAUACUAAUUCGAUUUAUGUAUUCUUUAAUUUAUUUGUUCAUAUUAAUAAUAUAAUAAAUAGUAUUAUAAUUCAAUUUAAUCAUUCAAAUUUUUUAAAUAAUGAUAUAUCUAUGUCAUCUUUUUCAAGAAUAAGUAUAAUUUUAUCUUUAGCUUCUGUUAUUCUAUCAAGAUUAUCUAACUUUUUUUUUGUAUUCUAUGAUAAUUUUUAUUACAAUAAUUAUGGAAGAAGUUAUAGAUAUUCAGAACCAAUUAAUCAUGAGCAUUUAAGAGAGUUAAGAAAUUUAUAUUAUUCUACUAAUAGAAAUUAUAACAUUCGUAAUUCAAAUAUUUCUAAUUUGAAUUAUGAUCAAAAUAACCAUUUUAAUAAUUAUAGAACACAUCCAAAUAAAACAAAUUUACAACAAGAAUUUGAAGAUUAUUAUAAAAAUUAUUUAAAUGGUAUUGAUAUAGAUGUAAAUAAUAAUGUUUUAUUACGAAGAGAUCAUCCAAAUUUUAAGACAAAAAAUUUCGAUGAUAAUAUUAAUAAUUAUAAAUUUAAAAAUGAACAUAAAUUAUCAAAUAAUUUUAUAGAUUCAAAAAAAAAUAAAUAUAAUAAUAAUAAAUCUACUGAUUUAAAAAGUCGUUUAAAAACAGAUAGAGAUUGGAAUACAAAUAAUCCUUUUUCCACACUUCAAAAUUAUAACAAAAAUCAUAACCCUCUUUUAUAUAUAAGUAAGACAAAAAAAAAAAAAAAUAAAAAAAAUGCAGAAAAACAAAAAAAAAAUGACAAAGAUAUUAGCAAAAACCCUAGUAUAUGCAGUUCUAAAAAUAGUCACAAUGAUAGUAGCAAACUUGGCAAUAAUAGUAGUAGCCAAUUUGGCAACAAUAAUAAUGAACCUGAAAUUAAAACUUUUCCUGAACCCAAUGUUGCAGAUUCUACUACUCAAAAUACAAAAGAUAAAGGAAAUUUUAUGAUGGAUAUUUUUAAAAAUAUCUUGAAAAAUGAAUCCGAAGAAAAAACAACAAAAAAUAAUAUUAAUGAUAAAAAUUGUUUGAAAAUUAAUGAAAAAACAAAUAAUACUGUUCCUAACACAGCUUUAGUAUGUUAUGAUAAUAAUAUGGAUGAUAUGUAUGGAACUUCUGAUGAGGAAAAAGAACAAACAAAUAAAAAUAUCAAUAAUGAAUACAAAAUAACGGAACAAAAAGAUUCUACUAAUAAUCCUUUAUCUUUUGAACAAAAUGAAAACAUACAAAAAAAUGAUGGCAAAUCAAAUGAUGGCAAAUCAAAUGAUGGUAAAUCAAAUGAUGAAAAACACAAUAGUAGUAAUGUAGAUACUCAAAAAAAUGACAAGGCAGUAGUUAAUAAUUUACCGAUCCCAAAUAUUAAUUUUGCAAAUAUUUUAAAUGACGUUCAAAAUCAGCUAGCUACUCAUAAGGCACCAGAGGCACCUCACCGCGAUAAGUUUGACGGAGUACCCGAUAAAGUCAAAGAAAGAUAUGCAAACUGGACAGAAAAUAGCCAAAUAUUUUCUGGACAAAUGAUAAAAAUAUGCAGAAACAAAAGACCACUAAGUUAUGUAUACCUCGGUGAAAAUUCACUAAACGACGAUAUUUCCUACAACAACCCAUUACCUUUUUUGUGGAAAAAAAACAUGAGCAACAUAAAUGCCAGCUUUGACCUAGAAAUCCCAGAUGAAUUGGUGGAAGCAUUUGAUAUGCACAUUUUGGAACAUGUGAAAAAAUCAAUUAAAAAUAACGAGGACUAUAAAUUAGAAAAAUUUAAAUAUCCAAACCUUUCAAAAUGCGAAGAGCUUUUUGAGGAAGCUGACAAAAAUUAG